AUGCUGAAGGAUCUGAGUCCCUACCUUGCGUAUGCAGCCGCAGUGGCAACUCUCUGCUUUCUCCUCUCCCCACUUCUGGAGGUGCAGAGGCUGCAGCGCUCCAAAGGCGAAACUCUGAGGGACGUGUGCCCCAUGAACUUGCUCCUCAUGCUCGUGAACUCCGCCCUGUGGCUCUGGUACGCGAUCUUUUUCCCGCUUCCUCCCUUGGUGCUGAGCAACACGAUCGGGCUCGCGGCAUGCUGCUACUCCUUGUCCAUUUGCUGGUUCUAUGCACGCCAUCGCCGCGAGCAGACGUGGGGCAGAGCCACGCUGACCAGGACCCUCCUGUCCUUUGCGGCAAUCUUCCUGGCCCUGGUCUACGCGGCAUCCUCGUCCUCACAUGUCCAGCAGGUUGGAUAUAUGGCCAUGGUGGUGAGCAUCCUGAGCUAUGGAGCCCCCCUGGCGGUGCUGAGCCGCGUGGUGGUUGGGAGGUGCUCCAGGCCACUCCCAGCUGCGCAGUGUUUUCUCGCACUUUCCUGCAGCUUCCUGUGGCUUUGUGUCGGGGUCAUCGAGCGAAGCAUUCCGCUCAUCUUUCCGAAUGUGUGUGGUUUGUUUCUGGCCAUGUUACAGCUCUUCUUGAUCUGGCUCUAUCCCCGCACGGAGCACACCGAGUUCUCCAAAGGCCUGGAAGGCCUAGGGAAGACCCUCCUUGCCAACUCACAUUCUCAAAAGCAACAGAUUCAGCUGGAGAAGGUCGCUCGGAUCACAUGGGAGGACCAGUACCUGAAAUCUCUCCGCCGCGGCCGCAAGAGCCUCCGCCACAGCAAGAAUUCAUCCGCAGCAACUUCGCACCAGCCUUUCUUCCUGGUUGGUAUAUGUACAGAUGCAGACUGA